GUACAAUACAACAUGAGGAACCUAUUUGUUGCCAUUAUCGUUAGCAUUGCUGUGCUCGGAGCCGUUGCCACGGCCAUGCCACAACGUGUUACCGCCCAGCACCUAGUCUACUAUCCACCACCACCGCCGCCACCAACCUAUAUACGUGUACGACGCCAAUCGUUGGGCGGCUCAUUGACUUCAAAUCCUGCCGGUGGUGCCGAUGCUCGAGUGGACCUGACCAAGGCUAUUGGCACGGAACAGCACAAUUUGGUGGGACAGGUAUUUGCCGCGGGCAACACAUUAGGAAAGGGACCCAUUACCACCGGUGGCACUCUGGCCUACAAUAACAAUGGCCAUGGUCUGCAGCUCACCAAGACGCACACGCCCGGGGUGCGGGAUAGCUUCACCCAAUCGGCCAACGCCAAUCUUUUCAACAAUGGAGUGCAUAAAUUGGAUGCCAAGGCGUUUGCCUCUCAAAAUCAACUCGCCAACGGCCUUAAGUUUGAACGCAAUGGCGCAGGCUUGGACUACUCGCACAUCAAUGGGCAUGGAGCCAGUCUGACACACAGUAAUAUUCCUGGCUUUGGCAAGCAGCUGGAAUUGGGUGGCCGAGCUAAUCUCUGGCAAUCGCAAGAUCGCAAUACCCGACUGGAUUUAGGAGGCACCGCCUCGAAGUGGAUGAGUGGCCCUCUGAGCGGACAAAAAGACUUUGGCGCCAAUUUGGGCCUAACGCAUUAUUUUGGUUAAUUUAUUUAUUUAAACUCGAUUUAUUUAUACUUGUAAAAAACUGAUUAACAAUUAUAGGAUACUAAAGAUAUUUUGCAAUUGCACUAAAUAAAAUAUACAUAAACAAACGCAAGAAGAAA